AUGGAUCCGGACAGCGAUGCGCAGGUCUUCUUACUGCUAAACUCCUUCCAGCUUACGAUCAAGCCGCGUGCGGGCAGGCGACCUGCUCGGUCGAAAACAGAGGACCUUAAGAAGGAGGGCUCAGAAGCAGAGGUCCCCGAGGUAGAGCUCUUCGAGGUGGAGUAUCUGAAGGAUAUUGAGGACUCGAAGAUGUGGGAUUCGGAGAACGAGAAGUUCGAGGUGGAGAGCUUGGAUGGUGUGAGGCUGUACACUGAGGAUAAGAAGAUUGAGGACAUCCAGGACUGGUCCUUGUAUACGACGCCCACCGGACGAGUGUGUACGAGGAUGAGGGAGGGUAAUUGA